UGGCUAUAAAGAGCGGAUCAUACCUAUAGCAGGAGUCCAUUGGAAAGAUAACAAACCUUACCCUACGGAUCGAGAUGGCUUAUGUAGACCUUCGUGCGUUUACCCCAAACUACUGAAUGGACAAUACAUGUGUGGGGUAUUCUGCAACAGAAAUUUAAAAUUAUACACAAAAACCUAAGAUGGAUGAUAUUCUAGAAGAGGCCAAUAGAAGGCAACAGCGUCGCUUAAAGACUCCAUUGGGAAAGGAAGACCCCGAUCUAGGUCUACAGGGGAUGUCCAUAUCUCCCCGAAGUGCUAAAGGAUCAAGAAAUAACACAAGAGAGUCCCUUACCCCGACAGAACGUCCCCGAACUGGUAGAAGGAGAACCACAAGCCGGGAACAGGAACUUACUGGUUUGACUGAAGAUCUUGAGCAAAAAUAUCCCCCACUGCCUUUCAUUAAGUGUAAAUGCAAUGGUAGGGAAUUAAAAGCAUUGCUAAAUACAUCUAGUCCAUUUUCGACUAUAUCCACUGACGCAGUAAAGGUUUGCAGAUUGGAGAAAUCAACAAAUAAUAGCUUAGCUGUAGCUAAUGGCAUAAAUACGAAUGGCCUAGUAAAGAAUGUCCAAUUAGAAUUCGCUGAAAAACUCUCUAUUGACUUAUAUGUUCACGAUGAUGGUCCAGAUCUCUGUCUAGGGUUGGACUUUUUGAAAAACAUGAAAUGUGUGAUAAAUUUCCAAAUUGGCAGUAUAACAAUGAAUAGUAAGGACAUAACGUUUUUACCAGAGAGGGAAAUACCUCUAAAGUAUAGGAAUGGGAAAAACGUAUCAGCAUCAUUCUAAAAUAAUCUACAAAAUAAUGUGUGGAUAUUAUGACACAUGGAAAAAACAAGGAUUACAAUGGCUCAUUUAGUUUAAUGUAGAAGUAAGAAGAAUGUGUGUAUAUUAAUGUCACCACAUGACAUUUGUUACAUCCGACGACCGCUAAGCGCCGGGCGCCGAAAACCCUCUUCAAAAAGGUUGGAAACUAUAACAAUGUGUCACCACUUAUGAUGAUUUAAAGGAAAGUGAUCAUGGUGUGCAUGCUCAUUUAUCAGUGAACAAACUUGAUGCCAUGUUUAACAAAUACGGUUAAACCAGUGUAUACCUUCAUCCAUUUGUAAUACCUAAGUCAAGAAGUGUUCAAGAAAAAUGCAUAUAUAUGUCAUAUGAUGGUGAACUAUAACAUGAUUCAAUUACAGUGUGAGUUUCCAGCUAUUAGCUGUCAAAUAAAUAAUGUUGGAGAAACAUAAGACUCUAUGUUUUAAUUGCUUUAGAUAUUAAACUUUAAACAAAUGGACAAGUAUGAUGUCUUUAAUACACAAAAUUGAAGUAUCCUCAUUGAUACCCACUUUAUAUCAGUAUAUGAAAGAAUGUAAAAUCAACCUUGAUAUUCGAAACAACAGGGUAAUUAAAUUUUUUUGUUUCUAUCUUGUAUUUCCCAAAUAUUUUUACAUAAUAAUUAUUUUUGUUAAUCUGACUUUUGUAAUUCUGUACAGUUUGACACUUACUGGAAUACCGAAAUCUUAUCUAAGCCAAAAUGGUCCAAAUAUUUACACAAAAAUGUACAAUACCAAAACAUGCAUUAUCAAAGAAUGAUGCAUGGCGUCUAUGUAUAUGUUAAACAGAUGAAAG